AUGACCUCCAGCCCGGAAAAGAGACCGAGGACCAGUCCAAGCAACUUGUCGUUUCAGGACUCUUCCCCGAGUCCUCGCGGCAGGAGGAAAUCUUUACGGAGAUCGGUUGGAAAGAAACGCCGGAGGACGCUACCGCCGAUCUACCGCAAUGCCGCAGGUCUCAGUGACGCCAUCAGCUUGUCCUUACCGGAAAACGAUCGCCUCAUGGAGCUCAUACAUGCCUGCUUCCAGUAUUCUGUACAUAAGCUAGAAACCUCCUUGUCUGACACCGAUGGAUUCCACGCCAAUUCUUUCAGUGCCGCUGUGUCUUCGGCGAAGGAGAAGAUUUUGCGUUACACGGAACGAUUAUCUCGCGAUGGAACACUCAAGCGAUGCAUCGAAGGCUUCACGUGUGUGACCAGAGAGUGUCAGCAGUGGGAAGAGCUUUUGGAAGAUUACAAGAAGAAAGCCGAGGAGAUGUCCAGGCAGCUGGAGGAAAGUGAAACGACGAGCCGUCCGUCAGGAAGUGAAGCGCGCACCCUCGCAUCACAACGAGAAAUCCUCCGAAGCAAACCGGACUACAAGGCCAUCCUGAGCCAGCAGGGGGCGGUGUUUGACAGCAUGGAAAUUGUGUUGGAUGAACUUCAGCAAUCCGUCCAAUUAAUAGAUUCCUUCUCCGGUGAGACCUCCUCACACUUGGAGCGACUCUCUACACAGCUUGAAUCCAAAUCGUUUAAGCCGAUGGAAGAUUCUCCAAUCCGAACGUUUCUGAAAGUCUCCCAAAGAAAAUAGAUCAUUUUCAGGUCUA